CGCUCGCAAUGGACAGCAGAAUGUCCCAGCUAUCUACGCGACAUGUCGCAGAAAAACAUCGAGGUGCUUUCGACCCCUGACGAGCAGUACCGAAGACAGGGAUGGGAGCUAGUCAAGGAGAUAGUUCGGUCCAACCAGAUCGAUCGGUUUCAGCGUCUUCCUAGCGAUUUGAGGAGGUAUCUUGAGUACAAGGAGCAGAUUGUCGCGGAGUAUGGAUCGAUCAUGCGGUUUGUCGUGAAGGAACGGCUUCGCUGGGGAGAAGGGACGGCGGAUGAUCUGAAGCCUAAGGGGCGGCCGUUUGAAUAUGAUGAGGAUAUCCGCAUUCUUUACAAUGACUGGCCGUAUGGAGUCGAGGAAGGCAUCGUUCACUUGGUGGUGUGGACAAAGUUCGAGCUGGAGGAUGAUCCAGUCACGGAUGACCUGACGCCACGCGCACGACAGGAGAUUGAGGAGUAUGUGCAACGGACGUUUCUCUCACGGAUGCCAGCCGAUCAGGUCAUCUGGUUCAAGAACUGGAAGUCAUUAAAGUCAGUGCAUGCCGUGGAGCACUUCCAUGUCAUGCUGCACCAUCCCGAUGCGGAAUUUCUACGGGAGAUCACAGGAGGGGAUGCUCCGCUGAAACGACAGUCGGCAUGAGUAGAUACUAGAGAUGGAUUGAUUUAGUUGAUGGUUAAGGGUUAAUCCGGCAUAGAGAUAGACGAGAUGGGUAGAUGGGUCCCUCAGACUAUGAUCUGAAGGAAAUAAUAAUAACCACCAACCAUUAUAGGAGGCCGAGGAGGUGAUCAUCGGCAUUGCUUGAUGCUUGAAACAUGAGAAGAAAAGAUAUGAAAAAGAAAAGCAAAGCGAUGGGCUGUCAUCCGUCAUCCCCACUGCCAAGCCUGUGUGCCCCUCUUGAUCGCGAGUCCAGUGGGAAAUUUUGAACGGCGAUCGGGAGUUGGAAGGUGGUUGCGGUCUGUAGCAUAAGAACCGGCGAGGAAAGAGUAG